AUGAUGUACAUCAAUCAAUGUGUGGCCAGUCCAGAUAAGGAAACUUUGGUUACGACCUCAGAACAAGACAAAUGCAUCAUGGUGUGGAAGAUACAGAAGGUUGAUGUCAAUAAUACAUAAUGA